CCAAAGAGGCAAAGCGAAAGGCUCAAGAAAGCGGAGUCCACCCAUCCAUCUCCUCCAACCCCAAGAUCCCCACCCAAAUCCACCUCCGGCGGCGGCGGCGAUGGCCGGCGGCGAGUACACCCCGGCCGACGCUGAGGCGGACCUCCUCCUCCCGCCGCCGGCGGGGUCGGAGCCGGACGAGCCGGCGGCGCGGCCGGCGCCGGCGGACACGCUGGGCGUCGCCUACGCCAUCUUCUUCACCCUCGGCACCGGCUUCCUCCUCCCGUGGAACGCCUACAUCACCGCCGUCGACUACUUCUCCUACCUCUACCCGGGCGCCCCCGUCGACCGCGUCUUCUCCGUCUCCUACAUGCUCGCCUGCUUCCUCCCGCUCGUCCUCAUCGUGCUCUGCUUCCCGAAAUCCAGCGCCCCGGCGAGGAUCAACACCGGGAUGUCGCUCUUCACGGUGGCGCUCCUCGUCGUCCCCGUCAUGGACGCCGUCUACGUCAGGGGGGUCCCCGGGCUGUACGGCGCGUUCGACGUCACCGUUGCUGCUACGGUGCUUUGCGGCGUCGCCGACGCGCUCGUGCAGGGUGGGGUCAUCGGGUUCGCCGGCGAGCUCCCCGCGCGGUACAUGCAGGCUGUCGUCGCUGGAACUGCAACAUCAGGUGUACUUGUCUCAGUAUUGAGGGUAAUUACCAAAGGAGUAUACCCGCAAGAUGCCAAUGGGUUAAGGAAAAGCGCAAUCCUAUACUUCGUUGUUAGCAUUGUUGUCAUGAUCAUCUGCAUAGUGUGCUACAAUGUGGCCGACAAGCUUCCAGUUGUCAUUUACUACAAGAACAUCAAGAAGAGGGCUCAGAAGGCAGAGGAAGAUGGCGGGAUGUCUGGAUCAGCCUGGAGAUCAACCUUGUGGAGCAUUGUUGGGAGAGUGAAGUGGCAUGGGAUAGGGAUAGCUCUCAUCUACGCAAUCACGCUCUCCAUAUUUCCAGGAUACAUCACAGAGGACGUGCACUCUGAGGCGCUGAAGGACUGGUACCCAAUCAUGCUCAUCACUGCCUACAAUGUGUUCGAUCUUGUUGGCAAAUCACUUCCUGCCUUCUACUUCCUCGAGAAUGCAAAUAUCGCUGUCGCUGGGUCGUUUGCACGGCUCCUGUUUUACCCUCUCUUCUACGGUUGCCUCCAUGGACCCAGUUUCUUCCGCACCGAGAUCCCAGUGACCAUCCUGACAUGUCUUCUUGGAUUCACCAAUGGAUACCUGACCUGCAUCCUCAUGACCCUCGCGCCCAAGGCUGUGCCAAUCCAACACUCUGAGACAGCCGGGAUAGUCAUAGUGCUGUUCCUUGUCGCUGGCCUGGUCGUUGGUUCAUUUGUUGCUUGGUUUUGGGUCAUUUGAUAGUCCUAGUCCUGCCAUCCUGUGUAUCCAUGUCAGUGUAUCAUAGUGCCAUGCUCAAGCUCACUCUUUAUUUGUUAUUUGCUCAUUUACGCACCAAACGGCCAAGGGUAUGUAAUUUGUUAGUGUCGCCUAGACAAAAUACUGGUGCUAAUGUCUGUAAUUUGCUAUUAAUGCCAUCCUCUGUCCAUAGUAACAUUCACAGCUCAUAUGAAAUUUCUUGUCGUUUUCAUGAA